ACUACGGUGAAUGUGAUCUGUGACCGGCGGCGGCGAAAAGAAAUUUCACAUUUCAUUUUUACGUUUUUAUUAAAUUACUAUAUUUUUCAUCAUGGAAGAAGAAGGAGAUAAUUUACUAAAAGAAGACAAUUAUUACCAAUUAUUAAAUGUGUCAAAAACGGCCACUCCAGAAGAAAUUAAUAGUGCCUAUAGAAGAUUCUCCCGCAUGUUUCACCCAGAUAAACAUAGUACUGAUCCUAAUAAACAGAAAUGGGCCGAACAAAUAUUUAAUAAAAUCAAGGAAGCCUAUGAAGUUCUCUCUGAUUCUCACAAAAGGGCUAUAUAUGACACUUUAGGUAAAAGAGGUCUCGAAGUUGAUGGGUGGGAAGUUAUUUUCCGCACACGAACACCAAAAGAAAUAAGAGAAGAAUAUGAAAGAUUAAAACGGGAGAGAGAAGAAAGACGACUUCAACAAAGUGCAAAUCCUAGAGGCACAAUAACAGUCUCAGUAAAUGCUACUGAUAUGUUCACAAAAUAUUACGAUGAGUAUGAAAUUUUAGAAGACACUGUAGGCAUUCCAAGUAUUGAGGUGUCGGGUAUGACAAUACAACAAUCAAUAGAUGCACCAGUGACACUACGAAAUACAGUAACUCUUUCUGGGAAUAUAUCAACACAAAAUGGAAUAGGAACUGGUUCUGUUAAUAUUUCAAAUCGACAUUUGAGUUCUGAAAGAGGUUGGACAGAGUUGGAAUGUGGUAUAGGAAAUGGACCAGUUUUAGGAUUCAAAAUGUUCCGAACUAUAUCCAGACUUAUGUUUGUCAAUUGUGGUACUGGAUUGCAAUUUACACCUCGGGGCAUUGUUCCUAGUCUUGUUACAACUAUGGCUUUACAAUUAGAUGCUCAUUCUGUAGGCUACCUCACCUAUAGAGCAGGAAACCAAGGCGGUGCAAUGACCACCACAUAUGUGAGGGACAGUGAGAAGUACCACUUAAACACAGCUGUACAAAUAGGGAAUCCACAUUCGUUCAUAUCUUUCAAUAUUAUGAGGAAACUGCCACAGUAUGAUAUGAAGUUAAGACUAGCAUUAAAGUUUGGUACCUUUGGGGCGAUUGCGGAGUAUGGCGCAGAAAAGAAAGUGUCACAAAACAGCAGUGUCUCGGCCGCUGUAAUGCUUGGCGUACCUAGUGGGGUCAUGCUGAAACUAAAGUGGUCAUGCUCUACACAGACUAUAGUAGUACCAAUACAUCUCUGCGAGGAAGUAGUUCCUGCGCCGGUUUUCUACGCGACUGUAGUCCCAAUGGUAUCAUGGUUGAUAAUUAAGAAAUUGGUGUUAGACCCAAUUUCGAGGGAACGACAGGAGAGAGAGAGACAACGAUCUAUGGAGGCUAAUUUUGAAAGAUUACAAGAAAUGCAGAGGCAAGCUCGAGCGACCGUAGAACUGAUGCGCGAGACAUACUUAAGGAACCGCAGUGAUGAAGAGAAGAAGAAGGGUUUAGUUAUUAUCAAGGCUUUGUAUGGAAAACUUCCGUCAGGGGCCACAAGUCACGACACGACAGCUGAGGAGAUUGGCGAUGGGGCUUCAGAAUCACCUAGCGCGUACGGUGACGUCAUCAAUGUAACAAUACCUCUCCAAUGUCUUGUAAGGGAUUCUCGGCUAGAGCUACUCGAUGCAAGCAAGUCGGAGUUAGCUGGAUUCUAUGACCCAUGUGCGGGAGAUGAGAAACAUUUGACAGUUUGCUAUAUGUUCCAUAACUAUUUACAUGUGUGUACUGUCCCCGAACAAGAAGCCCUAAUUCUUCCCAGGACUAUCCACCGAAUAAAAAACAGAUCUUGAUCAACACGCCGCGCCAACAGCUAUAAGCUGUCUUCGGCGCAUGCUUGUGCGUAAAUUUCAUUGAAACGCCAUUGAACCAACAAACUUGGUAUUGGUGAAUUACGUGCCGAUCACAAAUGUUAUAUAAAGUUGUCUAUAAUAUAUAAAUAUCAUUUACCGUUUUGUUUGAAAACCUUUACUUGGUUAUAGUCUAUGAACGUCGAUGACGUAUAGAAGCUGUUAUUGCGAAAACUUAUUAUGAAACAGUCCUGACAGUAUUUCGUCUCUUUCUGUCAAAUUGUGUUCACAAGAGUUAAAAAGAGGCGGAGUACUGUUUUUGUAAUAAGAUUUUUUGCAAGGGGUUUAUUUAGUUACUACACGCUAUGGCUUAAUAGUUUCGAAUUCCUUUACAAUUAGUGUUUUGUGUAUUAAAAAAUCCAGACAAUUGUGCCUUUAUUUUUCCUAAAUUGAACAUUCCAAAAAUUAUUUAGUUUCAAAUUUUUUUUCAAUAUUCAUACAACAAAAUAUAUAUUAUUAAUUAGAACAAUAAAAAGUUUCUGUGUUUUUUUCUAUGUGUGGGUUCAGUCAGAAGGAAAGAAGCUAGAAAAUAUAUAACAGUAGUCUUCAUACUUUAAUGUUUGUAUAGCAUUUACAAUAUGUUGGUUCAUCUCUGCAUAUAGAAUUACUUAUAAACCCGGUGUAAAUUUAAUGUUCCUGUUAAGGUAUUAUUUUUAUAAGGCGUUUCCUACUAUGGCACAAAUUGAUAAUGUUAUUUAGGAAUAAUUAUCUGGACUUAACCUUUUUCACUUGGCACAUGGCAAAUGUGGUUCAAUUUUGUUGCCUGGUAAGAGAUUAGGCUAAUCAAUUAAGUAAAAAAAUAUACAGCCGCCCGGAUUAUGGUGUAAUGGGUUCGAUUACCGGUGAAACACUGUUGUUGUGUGAUUUGCUUUAAAUCAAUGCAGAUCCAGGAAUUAUCCAUUAUAUGGUAUACUAUUGCUACUUGUCAUAGUAGUCUAGCUGUUCAAGAUACAGCAACCCCUUGUACGAAGUUAUGCAUGCUUACUACUACUUAUUUAACAUUAAAUCUUAUGUCAGCAGUGUUGUCAAAUUAUUCUUUCGUAAAACAGUAUAUAAAAUUGUCAAAAAGUUCUUAAAUUUUUUCGUUGUCAUGUAUGGCUUGUGGCAAUAAGUCACAAAAUUUAUACAUAAAUAUAUUUUUAAAUACGCUCAGAAUUCUAUAUUUAAUAGAUUUAUAAACGACAUUUAGUUUGAUGGUCGUGUGCAUGUUGAAUUACUCUAGUUAAUUUGUAUAGUUGUUUUUCUUUAAUAAAGUUAAAACAUAU